AGUACAUACCCCAGUUAUGCGGUGUAAUUCUUAGUGUAAAGUUUCCUGAGAGGAUACGGAAAGAGGGUACCACCCUCUGGGAAAAUGACUGAUGUGAAACGAUCAUUACCGUAUCGCAGCGUAGCGAAUAACCCAAUCAGGAAAGAUGAGGGGUUCCAAGAUCCCCUUCAUCUUCUACCUUUUCCCAACCCAAGGCCUGAUCCUGGGUCCGAUCGCCCUCCAGUCCACGCAACCCACGGACGAUGAGCUGGCUAGGUUCAGGUUGCCGGUUCUCUCUCUUCUACUCCAUUAUUCUCAAUGCCCAGAUCCAUAUCUGAGCAUUCUUUCCACACUCCUUUUUUUCGACCGACUACCUGGGCGUCGCUCCGUCUGCUCACUGCCGGCCACUCAUCCUUUUCUCUACCGCUGGUCGCGUUCUACCGUUCUGCUUCCCUUCUGGCAGGCCGACACAUUCUCUCGAAACCCCGGAGUGCACAUGGCAAGGUCGAGGUAACCGAGCAAUAACACACUUCGAUGCAUUCCUUUCCCUGAUCUUCACGAAAAUCCGUCCGUGAAGGAACGCAGUAACACAUCUCACCACAUCAACCGCCUUUCACUAUAGAGCGGUUCCCACCCUCCGCUGCUGGGUUCGGCGAGCAUUGGGACUGUGGCAGUACUCUC